UUCUUUCUUUUUUUCUUUUUUAAGCCCCUCCCACUUUUAGAACAUCAAAGGAUCAAACGGAACCAGCUUUGUUCCAGGAUUUUAUAUCUCUGCUCUCUGUCUUUAAACCAGUUCCCAUCAAAGCCACAACAAAGACAUUUGUUAUAAAUUGAACACAACAGAGAAAGCUACAGUCCAUCACAGGCAACAAUCAGUCUAUCACACACAAUGGAACAAAGCCAAAAUCCAAGGACUGUCCGAGCACGACGUGUUCAGUUUGUUGAUUCUGCUCCUCAAGCCCACUCAAGCCGUCUGCAAAGCGACCUUGACUAUGCUCACCAGCUGAAUGAGCGUCUGCAGAGGAAAGUAAAUCGACUGGAAGUGGAAAAAGCAAACUUACGGUGUAAUAAGAGGAAGCUUAGCUACUUAUUGGAGCAUCUUGAAUCGGAAAUACGUAGACUAGAGGAACUUCUGAAACUCAGGGAGACGGAGUUUGAAGAUGUAUACAAGGAGAGUUAUGAUACCAUUGUAUCACUUGAGACACAAAUCUCCUCCCUCGAAGAACAGCUAGAUAGAACCCAGCACCUGAGCAAACAGGAAAAAGAUGAAAUGGCCGCAAGACUGGAGUCAGAGAAAGAAAAACUCCAGGAGAGUGCUUUUCUGCUGCAGAAUGACUUGCAGCAGAAGUUAGACCAGAUGGAGCAACAACUUCACCAGAGAGACAAUGAGGUCCUGGUUCUUCAGAAGGACAAUGACGAUCUCUCUCACAGACUCACAGAGGCCACAGCUGAUGCUCAGAAGCUCAUAGAGACAACAAAUGAGCUGAGGAGCUGCAGAAUUGAGUUAAUCCAGUGCCACAAAUGUUGGAGGGAAGACCGCAAGGCUCUGGAGGAGAAAUUCAGAGGGGAGUUGAUUCAGAAACAACAGGAAUGUGAGAAGACCCUACAACUGCUUGAAGAAGAGAAAAAGAACCUGGUCCAGAAAGAACAGGACUGGGAGAAGAGACUAAAGCUACUGGAGGGCGAGAAGGAUUCCCGGAACUGCAGUUAGAGAGGAGUCGAAAUGAGGAAAUGAGAAAUGAGGAAACAGAAUUCAAGUCAGAGGUCUGAGCUGGAUGCACAAGAACAACCAUCUUCCACCUCCACUCUGUUCCUCCCUCUGCUCCUCCAUGUGUCUGCGUGGGUUUACUCCUGGUGCUCAGGUUUCCCCCACAAUGACAUUAUAAGUUCAACAACAAAAAAAAAACUUCAAUAAAAAUCAAAUAA